CACCGCUCCACGGCUCCACCAGCCUAGCCGGCCAGCCCCCUCGUGCUGUCGCGCGUCGUCCCGUCCCACCACACUGCGGGAAGCCUCCAUGCGAUCCCCUGAGCCGAGCCUCCCGGCGCCGGCGCGGCUCGUCGUGGUCGCGCUCCUCCUCGCGGCUCUCACCGGGGGUGCCGUCGGCGUCGAUGGGUACGGGCGCGCGAGGAGGCUGCACAUGAAGAACAAGGUCCUGGAGAUGUUUUAUCAUGCUUAUGACAACUACAUGACUUAUGCAUUCCCUCAUGAUGAAUUGAAGCCUCUUACUAAAAGUUUCACGGACUCACUCAGUGAGCUUGGCAACCUAAAUCUUGAGCACUUGCCACAGGAUUAUAACGGAUCAGCAUUGACACUUGUCGAGUCUUUAUCAAGUCUUGUUGUCUUAGGUAACUUCACAGAGUUUGAGAGAGGAAUUCUCUGUCUUUCAGAAAAUCUGACAUUUGAUGUUGAUGCUCGGAUUAAUCUUUUUGAGUGUAACAUAAGACUUCUUGGGGGGCUUAUUUCUGCUCAUCUUCUUGCAAAAGACUACAGCAGCCACCUGAAAGAUGGACUAUAUCAGGAUCAAUUACUUCAUCUUGCUGAAAAUUUAGGCAAUCGUUUUCUACCAGCAUUCGAGACUCCUACUGGAUUGCCAUAUGCAUGGAUUAAUCUUAAGUAUGGAGUAAUGGAGAAUGAGACAACUGAAACAAGCACAUCAGGGUGUGGUUCACUUAUACUUGAAAUGGGUGUACUGUCACGGUUGACUGGCGAUUCCAGAUAUGAAGCUGCAGCUCUUCGCGCUCUCCGCAAGUUAUGGAGCCUGAGAAGCUCACUGAAUCUAGUGGGCACAACACUUGAUGUUUUAACUGGCAAGUGGAUUGAAUAUUCAUCGGGAAUUGGUGCCGGUGUUGACUCAUUUUAUGAGUAUCUUAUUAAAGCGUAUAUUCUUUUUGGAAGCGACGAGUACUGGGACAUGUUUCAUUCAGCUUACCUUGCGGUGCAGAAGUACUUCCGACAUGGUCCAUGGUACCAUGAGGCUGAUAUGAGGACAGGAGAAGCAACGCAUUGGCAACUAACUAGCCUUCAGGCCUUCUGGCCUGGUCUUCAGACGCUUCUGGGAGACGUUGCUGCUGCAAAUCUGUCGCACCGUGAAUUUUACAAUGUAUGGCAAAGGUUUGGUGUGUUACCUGAAAGAUAUCUUUUGGACUAUGGAAUAUUGCAUCCUACAGAGAAGUACUAUCCCUUGCGUCCUGAGUUUGCUGAGUCUACAUUUUAUCUUUAUCAAGCUACUAAAGAUCCUUGGUACCUAGAAGUGGGUGAAGCUAUUAUUGGAUCACUGAAUUACUAUACCAAAGUGGAUGGAGGUUUUGCUAGCGUCAGAGAUGUUUCAACAAUGAAACUUGAGGAUCAUCAACACAGCUUCUUUCUUUCAGAAACGUGCAAAUAUCUUUUCCUUCUGUAUGAUGAUUCAUUCUUGAGGAAUCAAAAUUAUAUAUUUACAACAGAGGGACACCCCCUCCCGAUAAGAAGCACAUGGCAUGAGAAAUUUCUGACAACACAUGUUCCCAGCAACUGGACAUUUGUUAAGGAUGAGAGCCAACCAAUUCGCGUGAGUGCGCUAUCGUCCCAAGUUUGUCCGGAGACAGUUUUCCAAAAAAGCGUUGGAUCCCCAUGGGAGAGUGCGUGCCAUGUUCCAGAUGUGCACGCUAGCCACAGAUGCAGGACUGAUGACGACUGUGGCAUAGAAGCUGUAACAUGCAAGAAGAGAACCUGUAGUAUGGCUGGCUACUGCGGCUUAUGGCUGGUGAUUUAUUAGCAUCUUCAGAGCUGGAGGAUAUACUGUUUUGGCAUUACGGGAGGAUGAAGAUAUGGUGGGAAGGUUUGAAAUAUAGCGUUAAUUAACAAAUGGCCUGUGCAUAGCAUAGUGGAGUACCAUGAUAGCAGAUUUGCUGCGUCUGAAUUGUUGUUCAAUUUUGACCUCGUAGUGCUUUUGACCACUACAUGCAAGCUGAUGAAAGUGCCUUGACACAAUUCUGAA